CGCUGAGGGCUCGGAGGAGGAGGGCGGCUCGGAGCCACGGCCGCGCUGCCCUGCCCGGGACCCUGCGUGCUGUGGCGGCCGGCGCCGAGCCAGACCCCCGGCGGGCGCGGAGCGGGCGGGCUGAGCGACGCUCGCCGCCGCCGCCUCUCCCAGCGCCAGGAGCCGCGCCGUCCCCGCCGCCGCUGGGACUCCCUCCCCGGGCAGAGCGGGGGAGAAUGACGGAGCUCCAGUCCGCCUUGCUACUGCGGAGACAACUAGCAGAGCUCAACAAAAAUCCAGUGGAAGGAUUUUCAGCGGGCUUGAUAGAUGAUAAUGAUCUGUAUCGAUGGGAAGUCCUUAUUAUUGGUCCUCCAGAUACACUAUAUGAAGGUGGUGUUUUCAAGGCUCAUCUUACUUUUCCAAAAGACUACCCACUGAGGCCGCCAAAAAUGAAAUUCAUCACAGAAAUCUGGCAUCCAAAUGUUGACAAGAACGGCGAUGUCUGCAUUUCAAUCCUUCAUGAGCCCGGGGAAGACAAAUAUGGCUAUGAAAAACCUGAGGAACGCUGGCUUCCCAUUCACACAGUGGAAACCAUCAUGAUUAGUGUUAUUUCUAUGCUGGCAGAUCCCAAUGGUGAUUCUCCUGCUAAUGUCGACGCAGCGAAAGAAUGGAGAGAAGACAGAAAUGGAGAAUUUAAAAGAAAAGUUGCCCGCUGUGUAAGAAAAAGCCAAGAAACUGCUUUUGAGUGACACUUAUUCAGCAGCUAGUAGCUUCACUUUUUUCAGGGUCUCCAAUUGAGAAACAUGGCACUGUUUUUUUUCCUGCACUCUACCCACCUAUUGCUGGACUUCUGUUGUUACAAGUUGGCAAACACUGGCUGGAACUGGGCUGCAAUAAAACAUGCCAGUUAUCAAUGCUGACAAGAGCCUAACAAGUGCCAACACAAGAUGAUUACGCAUUUUGAAAUCUAAUGAACUGCUUUAACCUUCAGGAAGAAUUGUAAAGAUGUGUACAUAGCACAACAUGAUCCGGAUAAUAUAUAUACUGUUCAUGUACAUCCACAAAUACACAUUGUACCAAAUAAUGCUGUCAGUAGUUAGGAAUAGAAUUGUGUAAAUUCUAAAGAUUUUAGCAGGUUUUUUUCGCUCCCUAUUCAUUGUUUCCUAUGAGUUUAAAAAAAAACAA